AAUAGAUUGUUGGAAUUCAUUCAUUCAAAAAGUUUCAUCUUUUACAGCAGACAAUUCUAUCACAAGAUGUUCAAAAAUACAAUUUCCUCAGUAUUUUUAUCGUUAUUUGCACUUCAAUUAGCCAAUGGUGCCAUAACCGGGCAAUCACCUGGCUCUGUACAACCCGUUCAAUACAAUAAAUCUCCGGCAUUCGGUUCGGUUUCGAAUGCAAAUCUCAAUCCAAAUGAUGUAAAUAGGCCAAACCAACGAAAUGGAAUGUUUCCCGUUUCCGGUUCAUCAAACACGGGCUACAAUAUGCCAUACUAUCCAUCACCGUAUCAACAGUAUCAGAUUCCUCAACAGUUUCCUCCACAGUAUCCACAACAGUACCCGCAACAUUUUCCAUACUUUGCCGCUCAAUAUAUGAACGCACCGUCACCUGCAUUUAUGAAUCAAUAUCCAGGAUUACAAUUUCAAUCACAACAACAGCAACAACAGCAACACCAACAACAAUAUCAACAACAACCAGAAUUUCAACCACCUCAACGUUAUCAAUCGCAACCACAGCAUCAAACAUUUGGACAAUUCAGUCGAAUGGGUGAACCAGGCAAACAACAAGCCGAACAAGCCAAAUCAAAGCCUCCACAAUAAGGAUAAAGUGGUUAUCAAUCAAACGCCCUAUUUAUUUUAAAUUAGUUUUUUUUCUUCUCUCUUGAACUAUAGAGCCCUAAAUCAACAUACCAUUUAUUUGGAAACUUAAUAAAAGCGCCUUAUCAAUGAACCCA